AUGUGCGCAGUUUACAGCAGUGCAGAACUGAGAUAUUUUAGAUUGGCCAAAGGUGUAAUAGAUCACUCGACCUGUGCGUUGAGAAAAGCUUUUAAACGAGAAUGGAAUUAUCUUUAUCCUUCUACGCCGUGGCAAAAUGACGGAACAAGUGGUUUACAGAUGCUUACGGAAGAAGGACAACCAUCGCGAUAUUCCCGUCUGUUCGAUCCAGUUUUUUCGAAAGAGUACCAGCCUAUAAAAGAUCAUUUGAGGCUUGGAAACCUAGAGGAAUGGGACGUCACAACGUUGGUCUUCGCUUUGUUCUACUCUCACGCUUUAAGCGGAGUACGUUCUGGUUAUCAUUGGAGAAAAGUUAAAAACGCCAUCCAUGAAAUAAAGAAAGUUCGAAACACGGUGCUUUCACACGCUUCUAAAGCGUGUAUUUCUCGGAGAACGUUUACGGCAAACUUCGAUGUUUUGAUACAAGCUGUGGAAGACUUGCUUACAAGGUCAGAUCGUUUGGUUGAAAAACUGAAGACGUUGCGAACCGAGACAGAAUUCGUAACAGAAGAUCUCGUGAGGUACAAAGAAUUGCUUCAGCAAGAUCACGACGGUCUUCUUGUUCUUGAAAGACAUCUUGAAAGACUGGAAUACAAAAUGAACAUAUCUGCGCCCAAAACAAAAGAAGAUGAUAUGUCAAGUUCUGAAGCUUCCGAAAACAGUAAAAUCAUUUCAAAGUUUUGUCGUCGAAUGGAUAAGCUGGAACGUGAACUUUCAAACCCUGUUGACCUAUCGCCAUCUCGCUCUAAACCAGCAAUUUUCCACAGCGCUAGAUAUAUUCGGCUGAUCAACGAAUCCAGUUCUAUGUCUUACAAUUUUCGUUGGAAAGAGCUUGACAAGUUUCUUCAGGGCUUUAACGAUGAUGUAGAUAUGGAGAUGUUUGCUGGUAUUCAGUCAGCUGUAGCGCUUAGUCAUCAAUCGAAAAAGGAUGAAUGUUUAGAAGUUCUAAAUGGACUGAUUCCAAAGGCCCUUCUGGCAAAUAAAUAUGGGUGAGUGUAAUUAUCGCCUGCCUACAUAAGUAUGGCACAACUUAAUUUUCGGAUGUUAUGAUUCAGAAAUUGUCAAACUCAAAUAUUUGUACAUAUUACCAAGAACCCAAAGUUUACAACCGAUUUUUGACUUGCAAUUUACAUAAGGAUAGAUCAUAUGCUGAUUGCUCAUGCAUUACGACCUUUUUGUUAUUUGAACAACAAAUAUAAGCGAAAACUUCACGGGAAAAUAAGUCACGCCACAUAUCACGCGAUGACUGUUUUCAGUCUGAGUUCGUACGGAACGGUUUCAGUCUUAUCGAGGAUCAAUUGACUUUUUUUUGAAAAAGGAAGUAUUUAUUUUUGAAAAUGAAAGCAUAUAGGUAUUAUAAAAUAAUAUUUUUCGAGCUUUAUUUUCGUUUCCGAUACAAGUCGUUUCGACACUGCACAAAUUUUCCGUCAUAACUUUUUGGUUUUUAACGCGAUGGCUGCGAAACUUUGCAAAGAACAAGAGAUAUCAUUCGGCAAUAAUACGAAAUAUUCCGAUUUCAUUGAUACUAAAUAUUUCUUGAGAAAUUAGCGCUUAAAAGGACCCUACUGUUCAAAGAAAAUCGCGUCUAGUAAAAAAAUUUGCUGAUAUUUUUUACUGAAAUUUCUGGUAUCGGCUUUAAUUGAUAUAAUAAAUAUGCCAGAGGAAUUUCAGAAAAAUCGUUGGAGCAGAAGUCCGUAACUAAAAGUCGCUCAAAAUUCAGCUGUGAAAUUGUUUUGGAAUUUCAAAAAUAAAUUACUAUCAGGCAGAAGGAGCCACCAGUUUGAAUUUUCGGGACCAGUAAAUUCAACGUUUGCUAAUUCUUAAAACAAAAGCCGAUUGCCUAUCGUGCUAUUCUUUAAAAGGUACUUUUUAGUUUUAGAAGCACUAUAAAUUGCUCCAAACCUUGCUCUGAAGUAGAAUGACUUGUUCUUCGACAGUUUUAAAAUAUCCCUUGGCAGUUUUGGCUCAAACUCCUGCUGCAUACAUUUUGAUGUAUUGCAAUGCAUUUUCAACGACUUUUACUGCUGUUCGUUGCUUCCAACUCAGGAAAAAAGUAUUGAGAUUGGACGCUACCUCGUAUCAGAGCUCAGAUAGAACUGUCCAGCACCUUUGUUUAUGACUACAAAAUGAGCACGAGCGGCAGUUCUGCGAGGAAUUCGCACCUCACCCAGGGGGGACGAACGACAAUGAUGCCCAUGCCUGUGAACCGAAUAACAUCACAGUGCAAAAUAAAAUUAUCGCAAAAAUACCGCCCGUGAAUAAAUUUACAACUCUGAAAUUUUUGUCACUCCUUCCUUCAAUGAAUGGGUAUUUUUUUUCUUGAUUAUUAUGUUUUGCUCUGCAAGCUCUCUGCAAUACAUGUUUAUACAGAUCGGUACAAAAGCGAUAUAAAAAAAUACUUUUAAGCGCUAAUUUCUCAAGAAAUAUUUAGCAUCAAUGAAAUCGGAAUAUUUCGUAUUAUUGCCGAAUGAUAUCUCUUGUUCUUUGCAAAGUUUCGCAGCCAUCGCGUUUAAAUCGAAAAAGUUAUGACGGAAAAUUUGUCACAGCUAAAUGCUCUUGUAUUAAUUACGGAGCCACCUUAAAGUAUAGUUAGCGUGUGAACAAGAAUGAGUGACUUUGUUGAAUGAUACACUUGUUGCGUUAUUUCUUCUUAUCGUCAUUAGCUUUUCUUUUGAAUGCUUGCAGAGUUGUACUACAUGCCCGAAUAAAGAUUCGCAAAGCAUAUAUUUUACAUGAUCGUGGUAAAGAUAAUGAAGCCAUGAAAGAAGCUGAUGAGGCAGAAAUGAUGCUAAGUCUUGGAGACUGUCACGAGGACAUUGCUGAAGUUAACUAUGCCAAAGCCAACAUCAUUUUAUCAUCAGGGAAAAACAGUAAAGAGGACCGUGAACGCAUUUUACAUCACUUGAAUAAAUGCAUUCAUUUUUGUGAAAAGGCUACUGUCGAUAAAAGUGUUACAGUUGUUCAAGCCAAGAUUCGCAAGGCGCUUUUUCAUUUAGGUUUUUACCAACAUGGCAUCUUAGAAGAGGAGCCCAGCUCAUCAGAUGUCAGUAUUGCAGAGACUAUUUUCAACCGUAUUGCUGACCAGUCUGAGCCAAUUGCAGAAAGAAGCAAAGUAUACUUCACGUACGGUGAAUCAUUGCUUGCUUAUUGGAAGGGUGACACGAACUUGGCAACAAAGUUAGAGAACAAAGUUCGACGAAAAUGUGAUCAACAUAAAAUGUUCUUUGAGAUUCAACAGCUCGAUAUGUUGAGAACUUUGCUACGGGGCUCAGUUUAA